AUGGGCGGCGAGUCAGUCGAUCUAAGGUCGAUGAGGAUGCCGUUUGGUACAAAUUCGAAUCGGAUGCGACCUGGCUUGCUGGGUACAACGGGCGGCAGUGGCAUUGACCUGCGCAACCCGUCGUCGAGCUCGCGGUACGGCGACAAGCUAUUUAGCAAGCGGCAGCACGGAGCUCUUCCGAGCACGAGAAGGAUAGCCAGCUACGUCUUUGUAACUGCUUUGCUGCUGGUACGUCAGAAUGUAGGACUGCAUCAGAUACGAGGCCGAAGCGGCGAUGGGAUUGUUAAGCUGACGGGUCUCUGUUUUUCUGCUCGGCUCGUCGCCCCUGUCCAUCCCCGCCUUUUGGACCAUACAGCUUGGGUUUCUGUGGAGGCGUUAUCAACUACACAUCGAGAUUCAAGCUUAUCGUCGGGGCUGGAUCCGGCGCAACAUCGACCCCGUGCCACCGCUUUCAGGGACCUGCUUCAAUCCUGCGACGAUCGCUGCGACGGACUACAACACCACCUUAGCCCACUCCCCCAAAUACGUCGAGCUUCAUGCCGGACUCUCGAUGCAAGUCGGCGAUGACUGCUUCGCCUUUGCCUCGACCAUACCUCGUACCGUGGUGCCGGGGAUGAAUCUGCCCAAGCGAACGAUCUUUCACACCUAUUGGCGGGACGAUUUGAAGCCGCUCGGUGCACGGCAGACCGCCUUGCUGGACUCGAUACUGGCGAUGCAGGACCGAGAGACUUCGACUGUGAUCCUGUGGACAAGCGCGCUGACGACGGAGCGACUCGAAACCCAUCCUUUGCUCUCCGUUCUGCUGAAACGAUAUGGCCCGACCCGACUGGUCGUGCGAAGCGUCGACAAGAAGGCGUUGGCAGAGGGCACGCCAAUGCAAGGUCAUAACCUGCUGGAUCUGGCCGACCAGAAGGCAUGGCUUGAUGGCGACCUGGUGCGGUUGCUUGUACUCUGGGCCGAGGGUGGGGUUUGGGUCGAUUUCGAUACUAUCAUGACGGGGAGGGAUAUGAGGGUGCUAGGGGAGCAUGAGUGGGUGACCCAAUGGGACUGCUAUGGUGAGUAUCGACUAUGAAGCUUGAGAUAUUCUUCCUGACCCGGCGACCCAUACUGAAGCAUGUUUCGGAUUUACGCUCGGCCACUCUCCACGAUCGCGCCUCACCUCCGCCCAUCUCGCAGAUAAAAUCUACCAACCGCUCAACGGUGCAAUGAUGCACUUUCUCAAACACAGUCCCUACCUGUGUGAGAUGCUGUACGCGAUGGCGAACGAUCCACCACCGCAAAAGGAUUCGACCGACUGGGGCUCGCGCCUUUACUACAAGGUUUUCCGGCGUCUCAUGGCUGAAGGGAUCGCGCCAUUCAAGAUCCUUCCCUUCUGCUUUACGGACGGCGUUACUUGUCGACUCGACAAUCGCUUACCGGAUCCCUUCGCUUCGGCUCAUGCGGAGAGUAAAUGGAGCGCUCAGAGACUCAGAUCGCUUGAGAGGAAGGUGGGGAACGUGUGGGCUGUGCACUUGCAUAACCAGUGGGAAAAGGGGUUUGAUCCGGAUGGAUGGGUGGAUCGGAUUAUCAUGUCCAAGGUUAGAGAUACUAUAAAGCGUGAAUAUCCCGUGUAA